AUGGAGUCUUUGACUCUGCUCAACCGAGCUAUCCUCGAAGCACGAGACAAAAAGAGCUUUUGGGACAAGUACAAGUGGUUGAUUAUCGGCGGGCUGAUUGCGGUUCCUAUUCAGCUUGUUAUGUUAUAUUUCUAUUUACGGUAUCGGAAGAGGAAGAAGUUGGCGCAACGACGAGAUGAUGAGCAGUAUAUUCAGAUGCCUGGGAGGUAG